AUGCCGCCCCCCGGGACCCUGCUGCCGCCGCCGCUGCUGCUGCUGCUGCUCGCCCUGCCGCCCGCCCGCGCCUUCAACCUGGACGUGGCCGAGCCGGCGCUGUUCCGCGGUGCCCCGGGCAGCCUCUUCGGCUUCGCCGUGGAUUUCUACCUCCCGGAGCCCCAGAGCAGUAUCAGCAUCCUCGUCGGAGCUCCCAAGGCCAACACAAGCCAGCCCAAUGUCACGCAGGGCGGGGCCGUCUACUACUGCCCCUGGCACCGGGGCAACAGCAGCUGCACCCCUAUUGAAUUUGACCAGACAGGGUCCCGCCAACACGACUUCAGCGGGAAUGGCACGGACGGGCAGACGCCGGUGGAGUUCAAAUCUCUGCAAUGGUUCGGAGCGACAGUGCGGUCCCACGGCAGCUCCAUCCUGGCCUGCGCCCCCCUGUACAGCUGGCGCACCCUCAAGGAAGAAUCUGGCCGAGACCCCGUUGGCACCUGCUACCUGUCUGUCAGCAACUUCACCAAGUUCGUGGAGUAUUCACCCUGCCGCUCAGAUCUGAACUCGGUGGCGGGGCAGGGUUACUGCCAGGGUGGCUUUAGCGCUGAGUUCACCAAGACAGGGCGAGUGUUGCUGGGAGGCCCUGGAAGCUAUUUCUGGCAAGGCCAGGUGAUCUCAGCCACGCAGGAGCAGAUCAAGGAGGCCUAUUACCCCGGGUAUUUAAUCCUGGAGACCCAGGGGCAGCUGCAGACACGCCAGGCCACCCCCAACUAUGACGACAGCUAUCUGGGGUAUUCUGUGGCUGUCGGUGAGUUCAGCGGGGAUUCCACCGAAGACUUUGUGGCUGGCGUUCCCAAGGGAAACCUGACCUACGGCUACGUCACUGUCCUGAAUGGAUCAGACAUGAAGUCCCUGUAUAACUUCUCUGGAGAGCAGAUGGCAGCCUACUUCGGCUACGCGGUGGCUGCUGCUGACGUGAACAGUGAUGGCCUGGACGACCUGCUGGUGGGCGCCCCGCUGUUCAUGGAGAAGACAGAGGACGGGCGGGUUCAGGAGGUGGGCAGAGUCUACAUCUACCUGCAGCAGCCCCACGGCAUGGAGCCCAAUGCCUCCAUGGUGCUGACCGGGCACCAGGAGUUCGGCCGAUUUGGGAGCACCAUCGCCCCGCUGGGAGACCUGGAUCAGGAUGGCUAUAACGAUGUUGGCAUCGGGGCGCCCUUCGGCGGGGACGCGCAGCAGGGCAUGGUGUACGUGUACAACGGCCAGGCAGGCGGGGUGAACGCCCAGCCCUCCCAGGUCCUGAAGGGGCACUGGCCGCCCAGCAGCUCGCCCGACUUCUUUGGGUUCGCCCUCCGCGGAGCCAAGGACCUGGACGGAAACGGCUACCCAGACCUGAUUGUGGGCGCAUUCGGAGUGGACGCGGCCGUGGUGUACCGAGGCCGCCCCAUCGUCUACGCCAGCGCCUCCCUCAACAUCUUCCCCACCAUGUUCAACCCUGAAGAGCGAUCCUGUACACUGGAGGGCACCGACACCCACGUGGCCUGCAUAAACCUGAGCUUCUGCCUCAACGCCUCGGGGAAGCACGUGCCCGACUCCAUCGGGUUCACUGUGGAGCUGCACCUGGACCACCUGAAGCAGAAGGGGGCCAUCAAGCGGGCACUGUUCCUGCAAUCCCGCCAGCCCCACCUGGCGCAGACCAUCAAGGUGCACAACGGAGCCCUAGAGGAGUGCAGGGAGAUGAAAAUCUACCUCCGGAACGAGUCAGAGUUCCGCGACAAGCUGUCCUCCAUCCACGUGGCGCUGAGCUUCGGCCUGGACCCGCAGGCCCCGGCAGACGCCCACGGGCUGCAGCCCAUCCUCAACUACCUCACCAAGAGCUACAUCGAGCGCAAGGCCCAGAUCCAGCUGGACUGUGGCGAGGACAAUAUCUGCGUCCCCGACCUGCAACUCAACGUCUUUGGGGAGCACAGCGUGGUGUACCUGGGGGACAAGAACGCCCUGAACCUGACCUUCAACGCCCGCAACCGCGGGGAGGGUGGCGCCUACGAAGCCGAGCUCUACGUCAUCCUGCCCACUGAGGCCGACUACUCCGGGGUGAUCCGCAACCAUGGGAACUUCACCAACCUGAAUUGUGCCUACGAGUCGGUGAACCGGACCCGCAUGGUGAUCUGUGACCUCGGCAACCCCAUGAAGUCGGGCACCAGUCUCUGGGGGGGCCUGCGCUUCACCGUCCCCCAUCUUCGUGACAAGAAGACCAUCCAGUUCGAGUUCCAGAUCCGGAGCAAGAACGAGAACAACUCCCGCAGCGAGGUGGUGGCGUUCCCGCUGCGCGUCGAGGCCUCCGCCAGGGUCUCCUCCCACGGGGUCUCCAAGCCUGAGGCCGUGUCCUUCCCCGUCUCGGGCUGGAAGCCUGGCAGGAGUCCAGAGAAGGAGCAGGACGUGGGCCCCGAGGUGCAGCAUGUGUAUGAGCUGGUGAAUGAGGGUCCCAGCACCAUCAGCCACGGGGUCCUGGAGCUGAGCUGCCCUAUGAGCUUCCAGGGGAAACCGGUGAUGUACGUGACCCGCUACUCAGUGCCAGCCAACUGCACCUCCAGCCAGCCCGUCAACCCGUUGAAACUGCAGCUGGAGAAGAAUCCCACCACCUCUCCCAGCCCGGAGCAGCAUUACCUACAGAGAUGGGACGCGGCACGGAGCACUGGGGCCUCCGGGAGCCCCCACACCCUGAAGUGCCCUGAGGCCGAGUGCUUCCAGCUGACCUGCCAGGUGGGGACGCUGCAGAGGCAGCAGCGGGUCAGCCUUUGGCUUUACUUCCGGAUAUGGGCCAAAACUUUCCAGCAGAAAGAGAACCAGCCCCAGGCCCUGCAGUGCGAGGCCGUGUACCAGGUCCACAGGAUGCCCUACAAGAUCCAGCCCCAGGAUUACCCCAGCGAGUCCUUAAAGGUGUCCACGGCGAUUCAGUGGGUGAAACCGGAGAGCAGCCACGGGGUCCCGCUGUGGAUCAUCAUCCUGGCCAUCCUGCUGGGGCUGCUGCUGCUGGCACUGCUCAUCUACGUGCUGUACAAGCUGGGGUUUUUCAAACGCUCCCUGCCCUACGGCACGGCCAUGGAGAAGGCUCAGCUCAAGCCACAGGCGGCCUCAGAGGCAUAG